ACCAUGAACUAAGAUAUCCCGCAUCGUUCAGAUGUUUUCAAUGGGUGCUCCUAUUUUACGCUGUAUUUUCCUGUAUCUGGCAUACCGUUUCUUUGAAAACGUAGCUCCAUAUAAUCUAUAUGUUUACGCUCAAAAUGGACUAAUUGUUCCCGUUAUUGAUAACCAUCCAAUUUUAAACGCUAACUGCGAGCACACUGUACGGGAAAUUCAAUACCAGAUAGUGCAGAAUGGGAAAUCGGAGAGAGACAAAUCACCAGGCAACCCACUAUAUUUAAGAAAUAAAACAUUUACAAACCAUCAGUUUUAUGGGACUGAUGAAGACGGAAGAAUAGUGUCUGCAUAUAUUCCACAGUGUCGUCUGGACCGACCAGACUUGUAUGUUGCUAGACAGUGUAAUGAGUAUGACUGCUUUUGUGUCAAUGUAACCACUGGAGUAACACUAUUGGGUACACGUGCAAGCCCUGUUGAAGUAGGAGAUUGUUCUACAGCCGUUUAUUCAGUUUUGCUUGCUUUACACACACGAAGUAUCCUGCCGACUUCUGUUGUUGGCGAACCGCGUCAAGAAAGUUCAUCUGAGACUGGUGAUGUUGAUGGUGUGCUAUGGGAUUCCGAUGCCUCCUUAAAGUUACAUAUAAAAAAUAGCAUAGAAAGAAUUUUACGUUCAGCUGUUGGAUUUCAACAAGUAACAAGCGUUACUCGCAUAUCCGCCAUUCCAGAUGUUCAAAAUUUGCAUAACAGUUCCGAAUUUGCAUACUAUCAAGUCCAGCUGACCUCUACUGGUCAUAACUCUUUGCAAGCACCUCAGGAUCUUUUGGAAAAUCGCCUUCACGAAGGAUUUUUAUCAGAUGUUGGUGCUGUUGAUCCACGUAUAAGCUAUGUAAAAAUCCUAGAGCCUAAAAUUCCAGACCCAGCACCUUUAGCAUCUCAUGAAUCUGAAGAUUUAUUGUCAGACAAACAAAUUAAUUCUCAUUUUUCUGAAAAUGAAAUAUCUCAGCAACAACAUCAACAGUCUAAAUCUUUAAUACCAACAGUUGGGCAUAAAAUGGUUGCAGUGAGAAGUUCAGAAAUGAGCGAAAAUUCCUAUCUCCUUUCACAUGAACCAUCAAGUUUAAAAUCUUUAGGUCCUAAAUCAUCAUCAUCGUCAUCCUCCGAAAAUGUAGCACAUAAACUUGGACCUUUUGAACCGAAUACUUUAAGCGGCGGUGUUUCAGCUGUACGUCAAACCUCAAUACAUAGUAGAUCACUUCAUCAGUCAUGGAAUUCUGGGACAUCAACAUCAAAAAUUUUAAGUCAACCUGGUGUAAUAGCUGGUAUCGUUGGAAGUGUAGUACUUGUCUUGCUAUUGUUAAUUUUGCUCAUUCUAUUCUGUAUUUAUCGUUUACGUAAAAAAGAUGAAGGAUCUUAUGCUUUGGAUGAACCGAAAAAGUUACCCACAGUUGAUACUUAUACAAGAGCACCAACAAGAGAAUUUUAUGCUUAAAAAAGUAUAACUUGAAAAAGUGUUUCAUAAAUUGUAUAUUCAUUUUCCAGCCUUACACAUCCAUACAUAAAUUAAACAUGAAGUUGUUAUAUUACUCUUCCUUCCGUUCAUCAUAUAAAUAUAUAUAAUAUUGAUUUUGCCAAUUAGGUAUCUGAUUAUUCAAUGUAAGCUAAUGUUUUAUAUUGUCCAUGAGCAAAUUCAUUUACUUUUGUUACAUUUGAAGGUGAAAGGAGGAGGUUGUUUUAUUAUGCUGACUUUUUUCGACUUAAAUUAACAUUACUGAUUUUUGUAAUUGUGUAUAGUUUGAGCUGACGUCUAAAUUUCUUUCUUUUUUUAACUUUCCAUUUUCAACAUGAAAGUAAUCUGAAAUUAUUUUCUCUGUAUAAUAGUAUACAAAUGCCUGUAAUACAUUUUCUAAUACUAUCUUGUCCGUUCCAAUUAUUAUUUUAUCAGUUUUCAUUUUGUUUCUAGUAAGUGCAAUAUUAAAAUUAUUAUUAUUAUUAUUAUGUAAAUGCAGAAUAUGUAUAAAAGUCUUCUGAAAUAUGCGCAUAAUCAACUCAUACUACUAUUACUAUUACCACUACUACUAGUAGUAGUAGUUGUUGUUGUUGUUGUAUUUACCUUACAACCAUGUCUUUUUCUUUGUUUGCAUUAACGGUAUCUUAUUUGAUCUUUUUCUAAUAUAUUUCACCUUAAUUUGUAUAUUUUUCUCUCUCGUAAUUUAAUUCGUAUUGUUAUUAUAUUUAAAUAUAAUGAAAAUUGUAUAAUAGUUGCUGCUGAUUGGCGUGUUUUUGUAAACCUUCGAUUUACUGAGUGUCAAUAGUUAUAUUUCCUAAUGUGUAGAUUUAUUUAUUUAAGUGUUACUAUUAUUUCUAUCUUUUCUUACCUUAUCCAUUAAAACAAACUAGUUAGAAGUCUACCUGUUCACUUUGCUAAUAUCCUUAAUAUUUCAUAUUAUUGUCAUUUGUGCAUAUUUUGUUUAUGAUUGGUUUUCACAACAAAGUAUCCUUUUUUUGAUGUGCAGAGACAUUGCAAAUUGGAUUUUUCCUAUAAAGGUUUCUAGUUUUACUCUAAUUUAUUUUUGUUUUUCGUUUAGUUUGUAUUCAACAUGCGUAUAUAUAAUGGAAUAGAACUAAUUUAAUAAAAUAUAUUGAUCCUUUAACUUACAAUUGUAAAUCAUGC